CUGCAAAAGCUACUCCAUCAUAACGCCAUCACUACCAUUAGUUAGUACUGCAGUGCUGCCAGUAGCUACCGAAUCCUCUCCUUAAUUGAUCACACUUAUCCAAAACAUAUGGCCAACACUACUACACCCACUUCAGUGGUCGAAGGUGGUUUGAAGAUUGCUCAUGUAGAGGCAGCGGCUACACCGGAAAAUGGACGACGCACACGUAGUGGUAAAUUCACUCUCGGUCAGUUACGACAGACUGAUGGUUUGGUACCGCUACAAUCGGGAACAAAUCAAUUUGAUUCACAAAAAGGUAAGACAGGUUUCGGUAUGCCUCGCAAUACUGCCCUCAAUGUGCAAUUUGCUGAUAAUGGCAAAAAAUGGACAAUUGAGCAACUGAGAGCUACCGAUUCAAUCAUUCGAUUACAGUCCGGAACUAACAAAUGUGAUUCACAGAGAGGAAUGACUGGAUUCGGAACACCGCGUGAUGUUCGAGGUAAACAUUUGAAACGACUGUGGGAAUUGGAAUUCCCAGAAGAGAUGAUGGAAGAAAUCCCGCAAAUAAAUCCUGUGAAUGCAGUACCACAAAAUCCUUCCAAAGAACCACCAGCUAUACAGCCAAAAGCAAUUCCUCGCUAAUUGCUAACUGUUAUGAAC